AUGGAAGAGGAAGCAGAGGCAUACAAGAUUUGGGAUCAUGUACGUUUUAGAGCUAGAAGAGGUACAUCAAUAAUUAUUCAAAAAGCUAAUUUAGAAGAGAGAACAUCUCUUGACAAUCCAUUAGCGAGCCCUUCAAUGGAUCAAAUUCUAGUGGAUAUACAUCUUGGACAGUCUCUUCGUCAAGGCGUAAUGGGUUUUUGUUAUGACUGCGGAAAAGCUUGUUUUAGAAGGGGUAAGUACAUUCGUAGUUGUACAAGAUUUAUAUGUCGUUGUAGUAUUAGUGGCAUUAAAUAAGACUUCAUAAUUUUCUUGUAAAAAUUAUAAUAAAAUUAUCGUAUUUAAUAUUCUUCUAUGGUUUUGCUUUACCGAGUUGAACAUAUAUAACAGGCUGAAAGUUAUGCACACGACAUGAUAUUUGUGCUACUUAUUAGUGUAAAAUAAAUUGACUUACUUAGCAUAGGCGAUGAGAAAUUAAUUUUUCUUUUAGAGUUUUUGCUAUGUUUGAGCUGAAAUUUCAAACCGAAUUGACCAAACUGAGGUUUGGUAAAUGUGGUUUUGUUUUAGUUUACACACAUAAACCGUUAAGUAGAAGAAUAAAAAAAAUUCAGAUG